CCACUGGCAGCAAAAAUGUUUGUUAUAGAAAAUUACAAUUUUUUAUUUAAUUGUUCUCUUUAUUAACAAAAAGGAAUAAAUAAAUGUAUCAACUUACAUUUCGACAACUAAUAAAAACGACAAGAAAAAAACAAAAUGUGCCAUAAUUCUCCCAGUACUCUUUCGAGCGAUUAAGAGAAGAGGUUAUGCCAGAAAAUCCAUCUGAAAAUGUCCCAUACCCGUAUGAUUCCAAUUUACGGUACAUCGCCGUCUUGUUCCAUAAAGCACCGACUUGAAAAACGCCGAACGUUAGCUCGGGAACAACGUCUUGAACACAGCAGAAAACCAGAUAAACCAGAAGACUUUGUUACUUAUGAAGACAGUGAAAGUGAUGAGGAAUCGGUUAUACAACAAAAAGAAGUACUCAACACCUCAUACAACUUUGUUGAUUACGUUUCUAGUCGGGAAAUACUUAGUAAAAGUUAUAGGACCAUUAAUCCCGAUUACGGAUCGAGACAUAUUUUAACUCACGAAUUAUUUAAAGAGACCCCUGUUAAUUUGGGAAAUAUGAAUAAAGUGUUUUGUUCACAAUGGUUAAGUGAUAGACAAGUUGUGUUUGGUACAAAGUGCAAUAAGUUAAUGGUGUACGACGUUUUUACACACUGCUUAGAUCAAAUUCCAUCAUUAAUAAGUCGUGGAGAUAAUUUGGCUAUUGAACAACAACAAACAGGGAUUCAUUCUGUUCAAAUAAAUCCUUCAAGAACAUUGUUAGCAACAGGAGCUCGUAAUACAUGUAAUAUAGCUGUUUAUAGGUUACCAACUUUAGAUCCUGUGUGUGUAGGGGAAAGUGCACAUAAUGAUUGGGUGUUUGAUAUGUGUUGGUUAGAUGAUGAAUUUUUGGUUUCCGGUUCGAGAGACACAAAAAUGGCUCUUUGGAGAGUUACGAACGAUAUGAUUGAUUGUAAAGAAGAAAUCCCGACUUAUAAACACGUAUCGGCUUUAAGUGUUAAGGAAUGUAGGACUUCGCAAAAAGUGAGAGCGUUAUCGUUUAAUAAAACUUACCAAGAAAUCGCCGCGUUGAGUUUGAACGGAUACAUCCAUAUUUGGUGCGCGGAAAGUUUCAAACAAAAAUUAUCUAGAAAAUUACCAUCUUCCCAAGAAAACGUUUGCCUCGCCGUCCAAGAUACGGGAUUAUAUGCAAUUGGGUGUCGUUCUUGUACGAUACUUUUAGAUUGUCGGACUUUACAGCCGGUGAAAAAAGUUACGUCUCGGUAUUCAGGAUGUGGAAUUCGUUCAGCGAGUUUUCAAGGGAACAUCCUAACUAUGGGGACAGCUGUAGGGAUGUUAAUGUUUUAUGAUCUCAAAGCGGGGCGAUACUUAGAAUCCAGUAUUAAUUCAUCAAGAACAGUCGUACUUAAAGUUAGUAAAGGAUUUGUGUUUCCUGAAGAGGAACAGGACAACGUUCACAACGUCAAAUACAAUCCAGCUAUUUAUACGCAUUGUUACGAUAAGAGUGGAACCAGGUUAUUUACGGCUGGAGGACCACUAUCGGCUUCCUCAACUGGGAAUUACGCUGGGUUGUGGCAGUGAAGAUUUUUUACUUUAGGCAAUUAUUUCUUCAUAAUUUAUAAAGAAUUCUUUCUAAUGUAAUUGUGUGAAUGUAUAUUAAGUGACAAAUAAAGACUGGAAACUAAGAAAAAUUAAAAAAAAGUUAUUAAAGAAUAAAAAUAUA